UUUCCCUUCUCAGUCCUGCUCAGGAAUUGCAGAGAACAACUACGGCAGUCCACUGAUAGAGAAUCUUAACACCUCAGAGCAUUCUCCCUUCACUUUCAAACUUGUUUCAAAAUUUGUUCAAACCCCAACAAACCCCUGCGGCCAUGGGAGAAGACUCGUCGCACGCUGACCAGAGCAGCAAUAGCAGCAGUAUUUUGGUCAACCCCCAGCAGUACCAGGCCCAGCAAGACAACAAUGACCUCCUGGUGCCCAGUUUCAGCCCCAGCUCGGCUCCCUCCUCCCCCACCGGCACCCUUUCCAGGCUGGGCUUGAAAACCCUUGGGAGCCCGGUUCCUGGAGGUCCCACCAGUCCCACGGCCAAGGACCAGGUGAGCGCCAUCACAGUUGUGGCGCUACUCGACAAGCUGGUCAACAUGCUGGAGAAUGUGCAGGAUAACCAGCGGCGCAUGGAGCAGCGACAGGCUGACCUGGAGGGCGCUGUGCGGGGGGUACAGGGCGACGUGACCCGCCUGUCCAAGCACCACACCAGCACAUCCAACAGCGUGAGCAAGCUGCUGGAGCGUUCACGGAAGGUCAACGCCAGCAUGAAGGAGGUGCGGGAACGGCUGGACAAACAGGCGACGCAGGUGAAGCGGCUGGAGGCGAACCACGGACACCUGCUCAAGAGGAACCACUUCAAAGUGAUCAUUUUCCAGGAAGACAAUGAGAUCCCAUCCACUGUGCUCAUGAAAGACACCCCCAAGACCCCCCAGGUCAACCAGCUGGAUGACGACACCUCCGAGGCACCCGCGCCUUCCAUCGCCGGCACUGAUGCCAAUCGCUCCCUGGAGGAGGGACUCCACACCAUUAGCCUUUCUUCCGACGAGGAUGACGCUGGUGCUCUUCAGGAGGAAGACGAAGCCCUGGAGGGAGAGGCUGCCCAGGCAGAGGCAGAUCUGGACCUGGCCACUGUCCGUCCACCCUUUGAGAGAUCCAGAGCAGACCGGCUGAAGCGCUCGAGCCUGAAGAAGGUGGACAGCCUGAAGAAGGCCUUCUCCCGUGAGAGCAUCGAGAAGAAGAUGAGCAAGAUAGGCACCAAGAUUGUGCCCCCCGCCAGCCGCGAGAAGAUCAAGAAGAGCUUCACGCCCAACCACCCGAAGAGCACUGCUGCCAAAAGUUCCUCCUUUAAGGUGUCACCCAUGACGUUUAAUGUGAAGAAGGUGCGAGGCGACGGGGAAACCUCACCGCAGUCCGAGGGCUCACCUACAGGGCAUGCCCACGUGGAGAUACCUCCCCUGGGCAGCAUGGAUGGGGAUCUAUCCCUGGCUGAGGUGCACUCAACGGAUAGGCAGGAUGUAGAUGCAGCAGAGGAAAUGGCUGGUCCUUUGAGCCCUGUAAGCGUGAAGGAAGAGCUGACCGUUAACGGUGAAGGAGGGAGCUUAGAGUGUGGUCUGACCACCGAUCAUCAUACAGAGCAAGAUGGCGAUACAGAUGAGAAGGCAAAGGAGGAGGAUCAGGAAGUUCAAGAGAGCCCGGUGGAGGUGAAAGCUGCCACACCUGCUGCUGCUGGCAUCACGGUCGAACAAGCCUCUUAAUCUCAUCAUUCAUCCUACACAUCCCAUGCCCUAUUUGUGUUACCAUGCCAACUGUUUAAUCUUCCCUAUGUCUCUCCAAACCAUGUUUCCAAGAUGCCUGCUUGACAAAAAUACACAUACAAUGUAAAUACAACAUAAAAGACAUCAGCUCAUCUAUUUCUGAAAAGUCUUGAGCUCUUCUGCCAGUGAUACAGACCCUCUAGUCCAAAUCACAAACAGCCUUCCAUCGCCUGCAGCCCUGUACAUCAGAAUGACCAUGGAGAUCUGUGGGCUGAUGCCAUACAUCCUCCUCCAUUAGACAACAGGCAAGAGUCUGAGUGAUCAGAAGAGAUCAAGAGAUUCUGCAUGAGUUGCUCUAGCCAGGUGUGUGCAGCUAGCUACUCUUCUGUGAAAUGAACCAGUGAGCCAAGAGACUAUAACUCAGCCUCCCAACUGGAACUCAGCUUCUCCAGGACACCAGAGCCAAGAAUCUCUCUUAGUUUGCAUGGACCUCUCUACCCAGGUGAUCGUCUCUUUGUUCUCCUGCCUCGCGUGAAUGCCGGUAAAUCUUUGGCAAAGAGGGUAAAGCCUACAGCCAGGGGGAGGGUAGCCGUUGCCAGGUUUUCUGGCAUUGGUACGAAGGGGUAGCUAGCAAGGUUUGUGAAAAUCUGAAGCAGCUACUGGUCUAUGGUAUGUCCAAAUACUGUGCCGUGACACAGUUUCCAAUGUUUAUCAAGGUAUUUUGAUUAUUUCACGAGAAGGGAGAUAGUUAAGGAAGAACAGUGAUUAACAACAAGUUUUUUGGGAUGAAUCAAAUACUUGGCAAAGGCUGGCAAGUGCACUUUAUUUGGCUUACAAUACAAUGUUACAGUACAACAACUGGAUCUGUCCCAAAGAGUGCACACUCUGCACCCCAGACAUGCGGGUCAAUCUAAAUCAAGCAUGCCUCAGGUCUUUUAACAUUUGUGAUACAUGCAUUUGACCAAGGUUUAGAUUUAGCCAUACAAUCUUAAUGCCGGGUAAAAACGGAACACUAGCAUUGAGACAGUUUUGCCCCUAUUAUUUGCCAUAAUUACAACACUAUUAACUUCAAAACAGUUCAUGGUUAAUUAAGGUUAGCAUUUUUGGAGGGUAUGCCAAUAUUCCUGUCUACGGGUAAUGUCAACUGGGACCAGUUGACCCUACUUAAUGGGACUUCCAUAAUCCACCCUCUAUCAGGGUAAUGUGGUAGAAAUAUUCUUAUUCUAUAGUACAUUAUUAUCAUAUUGUUUAUGUACAUAUUAGAUUAUAGGGUAUGCAUUAUAAGUAUAUAUAUAUAUACACAUAUACACACACAUAUAUAGUCUUAGAGAAUCAUGUUUAUUAAGUCACAAGAUUUUUAACAGUGCGCAUGUAUUGGAAUUGAAUACUUGCAUGGCCUGAUUGCACUGAAGGUUUUGCAUAGCGCUUGCAUGUGCAAUAUUGACAGACUCCUAAUUGGUUGAAACAUACAACGUAGUAGGCACAGACAGACUAAAAAUGUACAACUGUACUGAUUGAUGCAGACGUUCAAACAUGCUCCUACAUGCACAGACGCCUUUAAAUGUAAAAUCUACCCAAGCUGGUGGGAGUAAUUGCUGUCCUGGAGUGAGGAAUUCCUGCAAGUUUUAGAAAAUACGAGUGACAGUAAAUGAUCCCAUUCUUUUAACGUCUCUCCUCUCGGAAUCCUUGUUUCAAGUACAUGGAUACAUGGAUUACUGUACAUCACAUCUCACAACUGCUUCAUUAUCCAUAAAAUGGGAGGUAUAGGUAGUCAACCCCCUGUGUAGGACAUAUCCAUCAGCCUGAAAGGUAAGCAUCCCCUAUACCUUUCUGAUGACAACCUGUGGCUAGUAGACACAUGCAUCUGCAAGGCCCAUAAAUCAAUUAACAAUUGAGUUAACCCAUAAAGCAGAUGAUAUGCUAUAUGUUUUCUUCGAUCUCCCCAGGGAGAGAAAGAAGCAAAGCCAGAGAGGCAUUCCUGCGUUUGACAGAUGAGUCCUUGGCAGCCUAAUUUUUAAUGCUCUGCCCUCUGUGCCGAGUAGUUGAGCCAGGAGGAAUAGGGGCCCUCAUGAGCCACAGGUGUGUUGCCUCUGGGGAGGCCCUUUAGUCCUAGCCCACUAAGAGGGGAGGGAGUAGUUAGCAGGGUAGAGGUUGGGAUAUGGAGGGUACUAGAUAAAAAAGAAAAAGGCAGUUUGAGACAACAAGGCAACAAAUGACAAGUCGUGUUCCACUUUUUUCAACCUCUGCUUUAUGGAUUUAACGCGAGCGGAAACUCCCUUCAACUAAUGCCAACACCCAUUCAAUUAUUUAAAAUCCAUGACAGGGAGUGUGCAAAUGUUUACUUUUGGAAGAGGCUGAAGAAUCGGCACAAAUCAAGACUGAUGUUUUGAGGAAGGCCAAAGUCUUUUGAGCGUGGCAUUUUGUUCUUUCACAUGCUGCACUCUCAAACUAUGUAUCAAAUCUAUACAUCAUCUGUCUGUAUAUUUCUAUUUAUUUCUCAAUCUAUUUCAGGACCUCUUUCUCUUGUUUCUCUCACACAACUUAUGGUUAACAUCACUAUCUCCUGAUUAGGCAAUUUAAACUUUAGGCACGUCUAACAUGAUGAGAUUUAGAGCUAAAUAUGAUGAAAAGUUUAAUAAUAAUAUAUAGGAUUUAAAGUACCUGUAUAACAGUAGAAAACAUCAAGAAACAAUAAAAAUAAGAUAAUAAAACUAUGUAGCUUAGCUAAAGCUGACUGAAGACCAAGUAAUGCUUAGGGAAAUCCAGACCAUGGCAGUGACACUGAAAGCCUUGUCCCUCGAGGUACAGGGCCAGAGUAUAAGUCUGAAACAUUUACACAUUAUAUAUGAAAUUAGAUCCCUCUGGUCUGUAACACAGUAUGGCAUGUGAUUCUCCACAUGCAAAGGAUAUUUCAUCUGAUGGAUAUGAGUACUGAAAAUGUGAGUGGUGUUCAGGUUUUUCUAGCUGUUUUUUGUUUUUGUUAACCUGACUUAAACAUUAAAAUAUAUCAGACAAAA